CGCAUUGACUUUGACAUGUAAUGCGUUUACAGUUUACAUACAAAAAAUACAAAGUUAAUUAUUAGUUUCCUUUUACUCCAAUUGUACUUGAAUAGGUAUACAUUACAAUUUACAUAUAGAUAAGAUAAUACAGGAAUGGUCGGCGUGUCUUUAAUAAAUUUUACGUACCAAAUAGUACUUACAAGUAAUUUUGAUCUACCGUGAAAAUUAUAAACAGAGACCGACGGUUUUAAAAAUGAAGGAGCAUCAGGGUGAUUUGUGUUCUAGAUAUAUAAAAAUAUUUAUUGUUGUGUCGUGUUAUUGGGUUGUGUCCAUCGCUACAGUAUUUGUUAACAAGACACUAUUGAGCAGUGACUCAGUAUCACUGGACGCCCCUCUAUUUAUUACAUGGUUCCAAUGUGUUGUGUCUUUUACUAUAUGUUUUACAUUAAGUAAAACUGGAGGAAUACCUGGAGUAUUUAACUUUCCAAAAGGUUCACCAUGGAAUCUAGAAGUUGUUAAAAAGGUGAUACCAUUGUCCAUAAUGUUUACAUUAAUGAUAGCAACAAAUAAUAUGUGCUUGAAGUAUGUUGGUGUGGCUUUCUACUAUAUUGGAAGGUCUCUGACUACAGUUUUCAAUGUACUGCUGAGCUGGCUCCUGCUACGACAGUCCACAUCUCUGAGAUGUGUUUUGUGCUGCACUUUCAUUAUAUUUGGAUUCUAUUUAGGAGUAGAUCAGGAGAAUUUAUUAGGAUCGUUUUCCCUACUCGGUACCAUAUAUGGAGUUAUCGGGUCUUUCAUGCUAUCACUCUACUCGAUAUUUACUAAGAAAGUGUUGCCGAGCGUCAACCAGGAAGUGUGGCUGCUGUCGUACUACAAUAAUGCGUACUCGAUCAUAUUGUUCCUGCCGCUGAUCGUGAUCAACGGGGAGGUUGGGGUGCUAGUGCAGUAUACAGGCUUCGACAGUACCUUCUUCUGGGUGCAGAUGGUCAUUGGUGGAGUGUGCGGCUUCGCUAUUGGAUAUGUGACGUCAUUGCAAAUAAAGGUGACAUCACCUCUAACGCACAACAUAUCGGGUACGGCAAAAGCCUGCGCGCAGACAGUGUUGGCCACUCAGUGGUACAACGAGACUAAGAACUACCUGUGGUGGUCCUCGAACCUUAUUGUAUUAGGAAGCAGUGCGAUGUACGCGAGGUUCAAACAAAUUGAAAUGGAAGAGAAUUCUAGAAAACCUGUGCCCGAAGAGAAAAAAAGUCUCGUAUGACCGUAGAUUUUUAAUUGCAUUUGUUUUAAUUAUUUUAUAUUAUAUUAUUUUAGAAGUUUAUAUAAGUAUGUGAUUAAUUUAUAAGUCAUGUAAAUGUUCCAAAGUAAAACAGCAUAGGCUUUAUCCAGUGUGAUGUGUAUAGCGUGGCUAUCAUUGUAACUCGUCCCAAUAAGAUUCUCAUGCGACUUCUAUUGGGAUUGGCGUAAUCACGAAAGUGGUGGAGUUUUGACCCAGGAAAUUAAAUAUAAGAUAUUUAUAAUUUUUAAAUGUGAAAUAUGUUACUAAAAUAUAUAUUUCUGUGGA